ACAAUCGUACAACCCCCAACAAGUCAUCGGACCUGUCAAUCAAGCGGUCGGCGCCUUUGAAGCCGGGACUCCUCGCCUUGUCUUGGGCUCAAAUGAGCUGUUUGCUGUUGUAGCGAAACAUUGGUCUUCCACCAAGCAAGCAGCCGGGGAACGACGCCACAUCUCAACUUUUUCUCUGCAUGUGGUGGGGCGAACAUUUCCCUACUGUCUUCUGGAGGCGCUCCACACUUGAGGAUACUAUUUAACUGAGAAAGUCACUUCUUUAUUCAUACUUUUUACAUUUUUAAAAACAUUCUUUACUAGAGGAGGUGGGGGCAGAAAGUCCAAGGUGAGGGAAGUAGUCAUGCCUCAGCUCAGUAGCGGCGGAGGAGACGACCUGGGAGCGAAUGAUGAGAUGAUAGCGUUCAAAGACGAAGGAGAGCAGGAGGAGAAAACCCAGGAGAACGCGUUCACGGAGCGAGACCUGGCCGACCUCAAGUCCUCUCUGGUGAACGAGUCGGAAAUAAAUCAAAGUCCGACCUCGGCGGCGGUCAGACGGGGACACCACGGCGAGCAGAGGGUCUUCCAGGACAAACACCGAGAGCAUCUCGACGGAGUGUCGAAGCAACAAGAUGGAGGCAUGUACAAGUCGCCGGCGUAUCCCGGGUAUCCGUUCCUGAUGCUGCCGGACCCUUACCUCCCCAACAGCUCGGUUUCUCCAUCUUCCAACAAAGUGUCUGUGGUUCAGCAAUCCCACGGGAUGCACCCGCUGACGUCCCUGCUGCCCUACAGCAACGACCACUUCAGCCCCAGUCCGCCUCACCUGCCCACAGACAUGAGCCAGAAGACAGGCGUUCACAGGCACCAAUCCCAGGACCUCUCAGGGUACUACUCCCUUCCUCCAGGUGGCGUUGGCCAGAUCACUCCCUCCAUGAGCUGGCAGAGCCAGCCGGUCUACCCGGCCCUGUCCCCUUGUGGAUUCAGGCAGCCCUACUCCUCCAGUCUCCCCAGCGCAUCGUCCUACUCCAGGUUCCCUCACUCUUUGAUGCUCGGACCGUCGGGCGUGCAUCCAACAGGGAUCCCCCAUCCGGCUAUUGUGCCCUCUUCAGGCAAGCAGGAGCAUGAUCAGUACGACAGAGGCAUGUACAUGAAGCCGCAGGUGGAGGUCAAGCGGGAGAAGGAGCCCAAGAAACCGGUCAUCAAGAAGCCGCUGAACGCCUUCAUGCUGUACAUGAAGGAAAUGAGGGCAAAGGUCAUCGCCGAGUGCACGUUAAAGGAGAGCGCCGCUAUCAAUCAGAUUCUGGGACGAAGGUGGCACGCUCUGACCCGGGAGGAGCAGGCCAAGUACUACGAGUUGGCCCGGAAAGAGAGACAGCUCCACAUGCAGCUCUACCCGACCUGGUCUGCUAGAGACAACUACGAGGCGGGCCUUAGCGGGGUCGCAGGGGAAAAGAGUAAAGCUGAUUGGGGCAAGAAGAAAAGGAGAAAACGGGAGAAGCAGCAGGACUCCAACACAGACCCGGGCUCUCCUAAGAAAUGCCGGGCUCGCUUCGGCCUCAACCAACAAACGGACUGGUGCGGUCCCUGCAGGAGGAAAAAGAAGUGCAUUCGCUACCUUCAAGGAGGAGGCUGCCCCAGCCCAUCUUCUUCAGAUCUAAGUGCUAUAGACUCGCCCCCGUCCCCGUGUCCCGCGCGCCUCCGCCUCUACCGGCAGGCGCCCCCGUCCCCGCGCGGCUCCCCGCCGCCCUCCCCCUCCACGCGCCGCUCCUCACACACGCGCUCGCACCCUCGCUUCCCGUCGGAGCAGUCCGCCGGCAAGCGGGCCGACCUCUGCCACCUCGUCCCGACCGCGACCCUGGAACUGUCGGCCAAGCAGACGCUGUGCUCCUCGGCGCUGUCCGCCGCCAAGGUGGCGGGACUUUCUCUCAAAGUGCUAACAGAGACUCACUGAUCGCCGCGGCCCUCCCGCCUCGCUACUCUCCUCCUCGGCUCCCCCAAAGGAAGGAAGAUCCUCCUGGUCGCCUGCCUUCACCUUUCAUCCUCCAGUCGUGAUUUUCCAAAAGUUUCCGUUUCCACCGUAGCGACAUGAGAACAACACGGCUAAAGCUGUUCACCUUGUGCUUAACGCUUCAGAGGCCUGUCACAAUUACUAAUAAAUCCACAGCUCUCAUGUGACGUCACUUCCUGGAACUUCAUAGCUGACAGCCAUCUUGAUAGGCAGUUGCUAUGACAACAAACAAGCCACAAGCUUAGAAUUAGCUCUCGCCUUGUUGCAACAAGGCGUCAGCUAAGCUACAUUAACUUAGCUAACGUAGCUUUUAUCGACUAAGUCGAACAUGUAGCCUACAUACAUGUACUCACUCUGCCAGAACCUUGUUCUUCACCUGAAGAGUUCUUACGUCCUUUAUAAAUCCGUUUAAACAUCGACUGUCUGAAGCUCCUCCAUGCUGAAACACUUCCUGUUCACUAAUUAGUGAACUCUGUCACAGCGGAUCGGAAGCAGCUUCUCCACAUCGUCUGACGUGUUUCCAUCCCAUCAGCUACAUUUUGUUCACAUUUUUUUUCUUACAUGUCGGUCAGGAGUGUCUAUAAACUUUCAUUUUGUUGACUUCGAAGCCAGGCGCUUGCCUACCAAGAUGGCGGAGAUCACUUCCAGGUCAGACUUGUGGAACGAUAAAUUGUCCCAGAAGUUAUUGCAAUAAAUGAUAAUAUUCUUGUUUUGAGACCAUUAACAACCUAAACAACAGUAAUCACAUAAUAAUAAUAAUAGUAAUAAUAAUAAUAAUAAUGCAAGAACAGAUUGUCAAAGAUCAAUAAACUUUCAAUUCUAAUGAACUGGAACUGGAAGACAUUUUAAAUAUCUAAAAUAAAUAAACCAAACAAGAGAAACAAAUAAAAUUAAUCAUGAAGUCACUGUAAACAAAAACAUCAGACUGAAAACUUAACAUCCAGUUUUGGUAGGAAAAUGAUAAAUUAUGCAAAUGGAGAUUAUUGAGUUCAUUUUAAUGUGAUUUAUUGAUUAUUGUGACCGGCCUGCUGACAGGUGCAAAUGAUUAUUGAUUAUAUGAUAAAUUAUUAUGAUAUGUUAAAUUAUUUUUCAGACUCAAGUUUUCUUCCAGGACUGAACUUCAUUUUUUCAACAUUCAAGAGAAUCAGAGCAAAUGUGUGUAAAAUGGAAACAGCACAUCUGAACUAUUAGUUUGUAUUUUUUAUUGAUCCGUCACAUACACUCCUGUUAAAAUAUAUUGAUUUAUAAUGUGGCAAAAGGUGGAAAAGACUUUUUCAUAAUCUUCUUGUUUUGGCUCAAAGCGUUUGAGUUCUGGUCGGUUUUUGUUUCAGGACGGUUCCUCCUCAGAGUUGGUGCUUAAGAUGAAUUAUUCCUGUUUUUCAUGUCAUUAUCUCUUCUGGACCCAUCUGACCAGCAGGACCUCUGAUUCCUGGGAAAAGUAUUCCUAUCUUUUAUGUUUGUAUUUCCAGAGGAGGUAAACUCCCAAGCCACUUCUUUUAGCACUUUUAGGCUUCUAUUCUCCAGCUUCACCGUUACAUUUUUACAUUUUGUUUUUUACUUUUUUUUGUGUAUGAAUCUCAUGUCAUUUUUAAGGUCAUAUGUUUCUUUAAGAUUUGUUUUUUCUUUCUCUGCAGCUCCGCAAACUAAUCUGUGACCGAUGGGUACUAUUAUAUUGCAUUGUCUUGUAAAGUUUUAUAUUAUAAUAAAUAACUUUUGUAUGUUUUUAUGGAACAAAAGGGUAAAUUCUUUUUGAAAAAAUAUUAGUUUCCACUUUUUUCUAAAAGCAAUAUGUUUUUUGUCUGUUUGUGCAAAAUGUUACCCUUUUUUGUGGUCCAGUAUUACUGCAGGAGCCUUCAAACUAUAUUUUGCUGUCAGUCUGCAUGUUCCAACUGUAAUGUUACAUUUCGAGACAGAAGGUUUUCAUUUCACUGUUUUCUCGCAGCUUCUGACUGCAGUAAGUGUAGGCUGAGCUUUUGCACCACUCUUCUCCAGCAGGUGGCGCUGUUGUGGUAAAAGAAAAGUGGUUGUUAAAAGGUGUAAACGUUCACACUGCAGGCAGAAACAACUGGAAGAUGUUUUUGUACUUUCAUGCUUUGAACCCCUCUGAUGUAUGGUUUUUGUUUGAUGUUAUUAAAAGUGUUUUUUUUUUAUGUUUAA